AGUUUUUUUAAAGAAGAAGAAAAAAAAACUAAACUAAACUAGAAAGGUGUGGCUUAGUUCGCCGUUCGAGCUAACCAGCGCCACAGGCAUGGCGGCGAUGAAGGUACUCCGGCUUCCCUGUUACUAUCACCUCCAACCCACCGCCACCGCCGCCACGUAUCGUCACUUUGCCACCAAAUACACAGCCAAAAUCACUUCUUCUUCUCCCACCGGACGCUCCGUUUCCGUCGAGGUCACUCCGCCGGCUACUCUUCCCGUCGACUCUCGCGGUUACUCUCUUCCCCGCCGAGAUCUCAUCUGUAGAGCCGUUGACAUACUCCUCCAUCGCAAACCUCAUUCCUCUUCAAUCACCAUUGAUGAUCGCUUCUCCGAUUUAGCCUCCUACUUUCAAUCUCUCUCCGUCUCCCUAACCCCAGCCGAAGCCUCUGAAAUUCUCAAAUCCCUGAACUGCCCUGAUCUCGCUCUCCAAUUCUUCCAGCUUUGCCCCUCCCUUUGCCCUAAGUUUCGCCAUGAUGCUUUUACUUAUAGCCGCAUCCUUCUUAUGCUCUCCCAUUCAUCUUCCUCGAAACGGUUCGAUCAAGUUCGUGAGAUUUUGUCGCAGAUGGAUAGAGAUCAAAUACGUGGUACGAUUUCUACUGUUAAUAUCUUGAUUAAAAUUUUUGGUAGCAAGGAGGACUUGGAAGUAUGUACUGGUUUGAUCAAGAAAUGGGACUUGAGGUUUAAUGCUUACACCUAUAGGUGUUUGCUUCAAGCUCAUCUACGAUCCCAUGAUUCUGAUAGGGCUUUCAAUGUGUAUAUGGAAAUGCGGGGUAAAGGGUAUCAACUGGAUAUCUUUGCCUACAAUAUGCUAUUGGAUGCUCUGGCAAAGAAUGAACAGCUUGAUCGAUCCUACAGAGUUUUUAAGGAUAUGAAAUUGAAGCACUGUAAUCCAGAUGAGUAUACAUAUACUAUUAUGAUUAGAAUGACUGGAAAAAUGGGUAGAACUGAAGAGUCUUUGGUCCUCUUUGAAGAAAUGCUGACAAAAGGCUGUACUCCAAAUUUGAUUGCAUAUAACACAAUGAUUCAGGCACUUUGUAAGAGCAGAAUGGUUGACAAGGCAAUUCUUCUCUUCUCUAAUAUGAUUAAGAACAAUUGUAGGCCAAAUGAGUUUACAUAUAGUGUCAUUUUGAAUGUUUUGGUUGCAGAAGGGCAAUUGGGUAGAUUGGAUGAAGUUCUGGGAGUGUCUAAUAAAUUUAUGAACAAAUCAAUAUAUGCAUAUCUUGUUAGGACUUUAAGCAAACUAGGCCAUGCGAGUGAAGCUCAUCGGCUUUUUUGCAACAUGUGGAGCUUCCAUGAUAGAGGGGAUAGAGAUGCUUACAUUUCCAUGUUGGAGAGCUUAUGCAGUACAGGUAAAACUGUAGAAGCUAUCGAUUUGCUCAGUAAGGUUCACGAGAGGGGAAUUAGUUCUGACACAAUGAUGUAUAACACCGUGCUAUCUACUUUGGGGAAGUUGAAGCAAGUAUCUCAUCUUCAUGAUCUUUAUGAGAAGAUGAAACGAGAUGGACCUUUUCCGGACAUAUUCACGUAUAAUAUUCUUAUAUCGAGCUUAGGACGUGUUGGGAAAGUUAAGGAGGCUGUUGAAGUUUUUGAAGAACUUGAGAAUAGUGAUUGCAAACCAGAUAUUAUAUCCUACAAUUCUUUGAUCAAUUGCCUUGGGAAAAAUGGGGAUGUUGAUGAAGCUCACAUGAGAUUUCUGGAGAUGCAAGAUAAGGGAUUGAAUCCUGAUGUUGUAACGUACAGCACACUCAUUGAAUGUUUUGGGAAGACAGAUAAAGUUGAGAUGGCUCACAGUUUGUUUGAUAAGAUGAUAACUCAAGGAUGCUGUCCAAAUAUUGUAACGUAUAACAUCCUUCUUGACUGUCUUGAAAGAGCUGGGAGAACUGCUGAAACAGUUGAUCUGUAUGCAAAGCUUAAACAGCAGGGAUUAACACCAGAUUCAAUUACAUAUGCUAUACUUGAUAGAUUACAAAGUGGCUCUAAUAGAAAAUUUAGAGUCCGGAGGCAAAAUCCAAUUACUGGUUGGGUCGUUAGUCCUUUGAGGUAACAUUGUAAAAAGUUCUUUAAGGAAGAGAAAAAGGAGACGGAUGCUGAAAAGUCCAUAUAUUUGUCUGAUUUGCUCUCUUAUGUCUAUUUCUGACACAUUUUUACCAAAUCAAGCAGUUGCUAGAGACGAGCUAUUGAAGUGUUGAACAGUUUCGAAGGUCUAGAGAAAAACCAUCAUAUUUUCUGAUUCUUGAGCAAAAGAAAAAAGGCCAAGGUUUAGGAAAAAUUAUUCGAUGAAACCGCCAUAAUGUGACUGCUUUCUCGAAUAAUUUCUCAACUUCAGAUAUCCGAGGUGGUUUUUUCAGAGCAUCAAGUGGUCUGGCAGUGAAAACAUCGGUGUUCUUCAGAUAUGCAGUGUGAACGAUAUCAUCAUACAGGUGGGCAGAAUGUGUAAAUGAAGCCAGACUUCAAUCCUCCUGCUGCUGAACUUGAAAUCCUGAAACUGGAUCGUCGUUCAACAACAUAAUAAGAAAUUGCAUCACAUUUCAUUUUCCUAGCCUCACAGAAAUUUUAUCAUAAGAAAUCAAAAGGGCUCCGUUUCAAAAGGUUGAAUACUCUGUUGUCUAGUGGAGGUUUUCACCAACUUCAAGUCCCGUUUCAAGAAAUCACAUUGAGUUUAAGGGUUUAUUUGGAAUGACCUUUUAAGAGUUUACAAACAAUUUUACAAGCACUUAAAAAAUUAGUCCAAAUAAGCUCUAAAUUUGAGUUUUCCAUCUGAAAGCGGCUAUAAGGUAAGCGAGGUCACUUAUUUGUCUUUUAUUUGUUUGAAGCAGUUUAAUUUUAUUUUCAUCACAUGAGAAAACAAAAUAAUCUCCUCUUCUGGUCCCUAAUAAUUCUUUCUUUAGUAGGGUUUUCAUGAUAGAAUGCUCGAGGCUGUAUUCUUUUGCCUGUUUUGUUAUAGUUGUCAAUUUUGGAUACCAUCGCCACUGGCUACUACCUGAAGGAUCCUCCAGCUUAGCCAACGCUACUACUGCUCCGUAGUUACUGUUUGGCUUUUCAUUCGAAGAAUAAAUUUCACGUUCUUAAAAUUAUUGAUGUACUCUCCACAUCCUUUGCCAUUAAAGUUCCAAGUUCAAAUAUUACUUUUGUAAAAGGACUUUAUAGCCAUCAACCUCCGACACUCCUGGUUACGAUUCGGAUGGAGAUUCAGAUGUUGCAGUGAGGUUAUUAUGGAUUCUCUACUCUAGCACAAGAUGAUUUGGUUGAGGAGACUCUAGAAGUUUGUUUCGUUUAUGGUUUUGAUACUUUGUUUGAGAAGGGUGAAAACAUUCAAGCAAAAUUGUCUCCCAAAAUUUCUUCCAAGUUCUUCGCUUUGAUUGAAAAAUGAAAACCAAUGUGGUUUUCAGAUGGAAUCAAUUCCUCCUCAUUCUCCUUCAGUUCAAGCAUAGUUUGGUAGUUUUGUCCAGAAAUUGCAUUUUUCUCCUAGUAGUUGUAUUCUUGGAAGCGACAGUUUAGAAGUUGGUUUGUUUUGUGCUCUCCUAGUAGUUGUAUUCUCCAAUAGUUUAGAAGCCGAUUCUCUCACUUCUGGCCUUAUUAGUCUUCUCACCUCGUCGGCUCAUUGGACUGCUAUCAACUUUGGUUUUUUAGUUUAUAUGCUCUUUGGUAUUACUUUUCUUUUUAGAUCUGGUUUGUUAGGGUUUAAGUGAUUGUUUUUUGAUGUCUUCUCUUUGUAUCCCAAUAGUUCUUUUUUCCUCUUUUUGUUUUUUCGCAAUUUCUCUAUUCUCUUGAAGGUUAUUGUAUCUUUGAGCAUUAGUCUCUUUUCAUUUAAUAAAUGAAAAGUUAUGUUUCCUA